CUUACGAUGCCGUUUGUGGCGUGGACUCCGGCGACAUGGGCCAUGUUCGUACCGACAAAGGCAACCACACCAACGCUGGGUGUAAACUACUUGCAAGCCAGCCAAAAGCAGAUUGAAAUUGCAGUCGAUUCGUCCAACAAUGCCCGGCUCACAAUCUCCCAAGACAUGAGCCUCGGUGUCGGCGGUGUCCUCUGGAAUUGCGGAAGGGCGAUUGUACAGGCUUUGUCGCGGCAUCCAGAACUCGUGCGAGGACACGACGUGCUUGAAAUGGGGUGUGGCACUGGCGCGGCAAGCUUAGCCGCUGGCUACUACGGUCCCCGGUCGCUGCUCUUGACGGACCUCUGUGUCGUAUUGCCUCUAACCCACAUCAAUGCCCAACGAGCACUGCAAGACCACCCGGACGUGUUUUCUGCGAUGGACGUUGCUGUUCGCGAAUUCAAAUGGGGGACGUGGCCGCCGAGUCCAAAGCACCCGUUUGGCCUCGUCUUGUGCUCGGACUGUCUGUACGAGCCGUCUGUUUUUGGUGACUUUGUGCAGUCGCUUAUUGACGUGACCGCGACUGGCAGCCGCGUGCUGUUGGCAUACAAGCAACGUAUUCCAGAGUACGAAGUGUUUCGUAGGCCAUGCUGCGUUGUGUGUGUGCUACACAUGCAUUGUAGGCGCGAAGAGCAAGUAUUUCUAGGCCUCUCCAAGCUCUUCACGGUCCAAUUGUACUCGGCCGACGCCAUCACAGGCCUGAAUUUCGACAACGACAAUGUGUUUGUGUUCUUGCUGACCCGGCGUAGUGGGGCCCCUCGAGGAACAACUUAACUGCAAACUCACAAUAAUAAAUGAAGCAAAUAGAAAUACUUCGAAGUACAG